AUGCCCGGCCUUAAUCCAACCUUGCAAAUCAAGGUGGAAGUUGAAAAGCUGCUAGCCGCUGGAUUCAUCAAGCCAAUUAAACACCCGACAUGGCUAGCAAAUAUCGUACCCGUGAAAAAGAAAACUGGGGUAAUCAGAAUAUGCACAGACUACCGUGAUCUCAAUCGAGCCUGCCCAAAAGAUGAAUUCCCGUUGCCCAACAUGGAUAUCUUGAUUGAUUCAACCUCGGGUCAAGGCAUGCUAUCCUUCAUGGACGGAUUUAGUGGCUAUAAUCAAACCAAGAUGUCUCCCAAGGAUGCCGAGAAAACAACCUUUCGAACACCCUAUGGAAAUUUCUACUACACGGUCAUGCCAUUUGGUCUCAAGAAUGCCGGUGCUACCUACCAACGGGCCAUGACAGCAGUGUUUCAUGAUAUGAUGGGAAAAAAGGUGGAAGACUAUGUGGAUGACCUCGUAGUAAAAUCCAAAACCAGAGAAAGUCAUCAGGGAGUUCUGAGGCGGGUGCUGGAAAGGUGCCGGCUGUAUGGGUUAAAAAUGAACCCAAAGAAAUGCGCAUUCGGAGUCUCAUCUGGCAAGUUCCUGGGCUUUCAGGUACACCAGCAUGGUAUAGAUGUGGACUGA